CAUAUUUAUUUAUUUGGCCAUAUAUCUACUUACAUACUCAAUCAGGUAACCUAGAAUCUCAUCACGGAAGAAAAUGCAACCCUGAAGGUGGCUCCCACGUUGACAGCUAGGAAGAAUCAUAGUCGCUGGCCUAAUGGGGGGCACGUUGCGACCAGCACUAUGAAUUAUUGAUAACCUAUAUAUACACACUCACGUACAUGCCAUCUUUUUCACUGCGAAUCAAUCGUCCCUCAGCUCUGAACUCUUCCUUGUCACUUCACUCCUACGAGAAAUGGCAAGCACGCACCUCAUUAGCCUUUCUCUUGUGCUUCUCCUAAUCGUCUUCCCUUCCACAGAAGCAGAUGACUAUGUGCCAACAGAGAAGAAAACAGAUGUGGUAGUGGAAGCCAUGGUCUACUGUCAGAGCUGUGACCACUAUGGAACCUGGUCUUUGACUGGAGCCAGGCCCAUUGCCGCUGCCAAAGUAAGCGUUACCUGCAAGAACCACAAGGGUCAAGUUAGUUACUACAAGGUCUUCGAGACCAACAGAAACGGCUACCUUUUUGCACAGCUCGAAGGGUUUAAGGUUCAGAAUUAUUUGUUGGAUCACCCCCUCCAAUCUUGCUUCGUGAAGCUUGUUUGGUCUUCUGUUGAAAGUUGCAGCCUCCUGUCCAAUGUCAAUUAUGCACUCGACGGAGCUCCACUCCGUUAUGAGAACAAGAGAUUGCAUGGAAGCAGAUACGAGGCUGUCGUAUAUGCUGCUGGCCCCUUGGCUUUUCGUCCCAAUGGUUGCUCUCACACUACUCAAUUCUAAUUAUGCUGCAUAAGAUUGUUCUUUGUUAUUUUAGAAACAUUUGUAUUGAGAUCCGUUUCAGUAUUAUGUUUGACAGUUGCUGUUUUAGUUUUUGUUGAUCUAGCAGAAAAUUGUUGUCGUGUUUUUGCCACAUUAAUUAUUGUAAUAAACUCGAGUGCAAUAUCAAGAACCAGAUUUUGUUUUUCUUGACCA